AUGUGUCAGAUAACGAGCAUUGGAUCUAUGACAUCCGAAACUUUUCGAUUCAUAGCAUCUCAAGCUGAUAUAGCCUUUGUAGAGGGACAACUAGCCAUCCAGCAGGACGAUGAAAAAUCGGAGGCGCGUAAUUCUGAUCAGAAUACAGAAGCCGAAGAACUAAAUCCUGGGGGACAAGAAACUUUGCUCGAGAAUAAACAGACACAUAAUAUAACAACUGAAGAAGAAAAUCCAAACAUCAGUAUAGCUUAUCAAAUUGUGGACGAAACUAGUUUUACUAAGGAUCCUGAAAUCAUUCAAGAAAAUACAUGUGCACAAAACGGAGAUUCAGAAAAUCCCCAAAACACUAUGGAAGUGGAAUCUCUAAGUCACUACUUACUUUCUAUUGUGUACAUGCCGUUGUCAUUAAGAAUUAUUUGCGUGACAAAUCUUUUUUGCUGGAUGGCGCAUGUCUGUUAUUCGCUAUACUUUACGGAUUUUGUGGGCGAGUCUGUUUUUAAUGGAGAUCCCAAGGCAACUUUAGGAUCUCGACCCCAGAAACGUUAUGAAGAAGGAGUACGUUUUGGAUGCUGGGGCAUGGCCAUGUACUCCUUAUCGUGCUCCUUUUACUCACUUAUAAUAGAAAAUCUAAUUCAGCGAUUUAGGGCCAAAACAGUUUACGUUGGAGGACUCCUUUUCUAUUGCAUUGGAAUGGCUUUAAUGGCCUUAACUAGAGCCAAACUAAGUGUAAUAGUAUUCAGUUGGACAGCGGGAAUAAUGUAUUCUACACUAUUCACAAUGCCUUAUCUUCUUGUUGCUCACUAUCAUAAUGUUUCUACGAAUUUAAUUAGUUUAUUAAAAUAUUUAUAG